AAGUCAAAUGGCCUCAACUUGUACUUAGCAGAAUCAAUCAAUUUUAUUAUCGACCACUACCACAUGGCCGUGCAGUCUGGCAUAAUUAGUGCGCUCAAAUUAUAAACACUGUCGACAUCUAUAUCAUUUAAGCAAUGAAGAAAAAAAAAUACCCUAGAACCAAGCUUUUAGCAUGUUCUACCGGAUCAAUAAUAAUCUGAGCAAGACGUAAUCAAAACUUGCCAGUGCGCAAUUUUUUUGUUUCUUUCCAUAUAAUGAUUUUCAACACACAAGGAACCCUUUCCGAGAAAAAAAUACACAAAGAACAACCUAUUCUUUAUAUGCGUAUUUGUUAUUUCAAACUUUACCUAAGUAAAGAUGCUGAUGUCCGAGAAUCAGUUAGUACGACUAAAAGGUAAUAGGAUUAUACAAAAACAUUGAAAAAACUAGAGACAUUAUUAAAAGGCAUGUUACAGCUAAAUGCUAGGUUAGCGAUCCAUUAAAUAAUGGCAUGGGCGUACAAUUAUGCCAAGAUGCACCGUCAGACUAAACUACAUCUUUUUGAUUGGUUCUUGCUGCCAAUUGCUGGAACAUGAUAAUGUGAUGACUCAUCUCAAGGACAGUAGGCACAGAAAACAAUGUAUUAAACAUGAGAAGACUUUAGCGUUGUGAUCUCUAUGCUUCUGGCAGAUCUCAAGGCAUACCAGACAACAUGCGCGAGAUGUAAUGGCAUGAUUCUUCAUGUCUACAAAUUAGAUGCUACAACACAGCUGUACACACACCAUCUGUAUAAAUAGGCGGCAACGGAAACGGUGGAUACAUCAAACAAGAAGCUCUUAUUUUCUGCUUCUCCUCCUCUCAUCCACCAUAAGACAGCGAUAAGCUUCAAGCUCAUAUAUGGCUUUCCACCAAAGAUCGAUAAGUUUGCCUUCUAGGCCUCACGUCAGUGAGACCGAAAUCGAGCAAGAGGUCCACCGCCUACAAGCAAGCAUCUCUUCCUCUAGUUCUAUCAGCACGAUGGGCGAUGGUCUCAGGAGUCUUGCAAACAUCUACGAUGGUCUCGAAGAGAUUAUUUGCCUACCAAGCAACCAAGCUUGCUCCUCCCAGCAGAGGAACAUGUUGGAUGGAGAGAUGGAGUGCUCCAUUGAGCUCUUAGAUCUCUGCAACACCAUGCAAGAGACCUUCGCCGAGAUGAUGGUCGUCAUCCAAGAGCUGCAAGUGGCUCUAAGAAAAGGAGAUGAUGCAGCUGCUCAAGCCAAGAUCCAGUCUUUUACUCGCUUAGCGAAGAAGGCCAGGAAACAUUUCAAGAAGUCUACCAAGAAGGCUGCAUCCGACAAGAUGGUCAUUUUAUUGACCAAGGCAAGAGAGAUCUGCAUCUCUCUGUUGGAGUCCACACUCCAUCUCUUGUCGAAGCAAAUUGAAAUGCCACAACAGUUUCUUGUCUGCAAGGCAUUUUGCAAGAAGAAGGCAGUUGUCUGCAAUGAGGAGCAGUUGCACGAGUUGGAGUGCAGUAUCGAAGAUCUUCAGAAUGGAGCAGGAAAUCUGUUCAGGAAAUUAGUCCAGAACAGAGUUUCUCUUCUAAACAUUCUUAGCUCAUAGAUUCUCCACACCACUCUGCUCCUUGUGAUUGGCAUCCGCCUUUUUGAGGAUAAGCCGAUUUUGAUACAGUUUUGCCA